AUGUCUAUUGUCACUGCAAUCGCAAUAUCCACCCUUAUGAAAAGAACAACUAGAGCUUCAUUUCUAUCGCCCACAAAAGCUCCACCGGCAUGUCCCCCCCGAACCACCACAACCACGACCCUUAUGGGCUCUGGCUCCACCAACAGCUGCCACGGACUCCCACUUUUUUCCGAAUUCGGCCCGAAUGAUCCGCGGCAAGAGUUGGCGGAUCCUUCACCGGUUGUGCCCGACCCGGUGCCGCACUUCCCCGACCCACCGAUGCCGCCCCUGCCGGACAUUCCUCGGGCUCCACCCCCCAAUAGGGAUAAUACUCCACCGGGGCCGCCGGAGGUGUUCCCGCCACAUGCACCGGAUGUAAUUCCAGCGUCUUGUUAUACUUUGAUUUCCGGUGGCCGAUUCCCCGUGAUGAAGUCAUACGAAAGACAAUCUGUUGCAUCCGAAAAAUUUCUCGGUACAAAAAUACAGAAGUUUUUGGGACCGAAGAAAUUGGACCCAUGUAUACCAAGACACCUAUAUUUCUUCGCUGCAAUGUAUGAUGGUGCUAUUCUCACUUCUCCGCACAAUGUCCGGUACUGUCUCUUUUAUCUCAUCCCACCUCCUCAAGAAAACAGUCUCAUUUUGAAAAUAUAUCCCAAAGAGAAUAAAUUCUUUACACAGUCGUGGGUAGCACAUGACCCGCCCGGACCUGACAUCAAACCCUCUGUAAUACCAGAGGUGCCUCGGACUCCCAACGUUCCGGAUUACGACCCGAUUCCACCGGAGAAGCCCACCGGUUCUCCACCGAUAUCACCCGGCCCAAACCCGGAGUUACCGGGCCCACCGACAGAGUUGCCGCUGCCUCCAGAAGCUCCUCCACCACCAUCACCGCCAGGUCCGGAAGUGGUUCUGCCGCGUGGGCCGGAGAUUAUUCCGCCGAAGCCCCCGGAGGUGGGGCUGCCGCAUUCGUUGGAUCCGGAGAUCCCGCCUCCUGUAUCGGAUUAUUGA